AUGGUAGUAAGUAACAGCAAUGCAGUCAAGAAGUUUUUAAAAACCCACCCGCCAUUUUUUUUUGGGUUUUUAAAAGAUCAAAGUGCAGCCGCUGCCGGGGUUUUUUUGCGGAGGAUAAAGGGGCCAGCCCUGGGCCCUUCCACGGGGGGGAAAAGGAACCCCGCACUCCCCGCUGGGAAAAAGCUCCCCAAAAGUUUUAAUGCAACAACGAGGGGAAACCAGGGGAAAGGGCCCCAAAGGGCGAAAGGUCCUCCUCUCCUCCGCCUGGGCCCCCCAAGAAGAGGAAACCCCUUUUAUCGACAUCAUAAUGCUAUCGGUCAGUGUCUGUCAGAGUGUGGGCCCAAGAGCGAUGGCGGCUUCAGGACCGCUCAUAAGGUUCAGAUCAGCCUUCCAGGGAGGAAGAAGGAAACAGGCAAGAAGCAGGUGAAGAAAACAAGCGCCUCCACAGAGUCUGCGAAGAAUCAUGCCAACCUGAAACAGUCUUUGUCGGUGAGCUCAGACGGGACGCCCGAUGAGAAAGAAAAGAGGGAUGCACAGGAGGGGAAUGAAGAGCUGCAGAAGGAUGUGGCGGCUCCAGUAGAAGAGCUGGUUGCUGCGGCGCCCCCUGCUGUCCGUGUAGUGCCAGCACACCUUCAGAAACCACCAAUCCCAGAGGAGUUUGACAUCGACUCUGAGAACUCUGAGGACUGUUACAUGUGUCCGGAGUACGCAAAGGAAAUCUUUGACUACCUCAAAAAGAGAGAGGAAAAGUUUGUCCUCUGUAACUACAUGCCCCAGCAGCCCAGCCUCAACCCAGAGAUGAGGGCAAUCCUGAUCGACUGGCUGGUGGAAGUGCAGGAGAACUUUGAGCUGUACCACGAGACCCUGUACCUGGCCGUAAAGAUGGCAGACCACUACCUCUCCAAGACUCCAGUCCACCGGGAGCUGCUGCAGCUCGUCGGCUCCACCACCAUGCUCAUUGCCUCCAAGUUUGAGGAGCGCUCUCCGCCUUGUGUCGACGACUUUCUUUAUAUUUGCGACGAUGCGUACAAGAGGGAGGACAUCAUCUCCAUGGAGGCCAGCAUCCUGCAGGCGCUGUCCUUCGACAUCAACAUCCCCAUCCCCUAUCGGUUCCUCAGACGCUAUGCCAAGUGUGUGAAUGCCGGAAUGGACACGCUGACCCUGGCCCGGUACUACUGCGAGAUGAGUCUCAUGGAGAUAGACCUGGUGUCCGAGAGAGGCUCGCUGCUCGCCUCAGCCUGCCUGCUGAUGGCGCUCGUCACCAAAGACCUGGGAGGAUGGCGUCCCAUCCUGCAGUUCCACUCGGGCUAUCAGACGGCAGACGUGGCUCCUGUUGUCAGAAAACUCUACGAGAUGCUAUUAGCUCCUCCAGACGAUAGACUACGAGCCGUCAGGAGCAAAUACUCACACAAAGUGUUUUUCGAAGUUUCUUCCCUCCCAUUGGUCAACAUUGACAUUUUGGAGAAAGCAAUAUCUCAGUGAGAUGUCUCCCCCCCCCCCCCCCCCCCCCCCCACCCCAAAAAAAAUUAAAUCUUGCCAUUAGAAAUUGAGUAAGAAUACUUAAAAAGAAUUUCCUCAAACCUGUAUAUAACUUGUUAAUAUGUUUAAUAUUUAUACAUGUAGUCUAGCCAGUCUUUUAUGUAAUAUUGGAAAUAAAUCUUCCAGUUUGUGAUGGAAAAGAGUGUUGAUGUGGGCAUGUGUUUCGUUCUGCCAGUUUAUUAUGUUAAGGUUUUUAAUAAUGGCAUUUUAGUGUUGUAUUCAGAUACACUGUUUGGCAUUCAUUUUACAACAUUUUUAUAAUAGGAAAAAAUGAGAAUUCAUUAGUAAUUUGUAAGCUCCGUCUGUAUAAUUUUAAAAAGUAAAUUUUAAGAUGAUGGGGAGGUGAAAUUAGUAAAUUGCUUCCUUUUUACUGAUGACUUGUGCACCGGCCCUCAUGUUUUUAUAGGGUUUCAUACAUUGUUGAAGUUAGCAGGUAUGCAUGUGUGUAUUUCCACACGUUGUACAGUGUUUAUCAUGUUAAUAUCACUAUGCUAAUUAUUUGUAUAAAAGGCGACUGAAUGAUGCUGUGCUAUUUUUGAAUAGCUGUCAUGCGUACUCUAAAAAUAAAGACGUUUUUUAUGUUUGAUAAAAUGGCUGUUCAUCAUUUGGA